CCAUAAAUAAAUACAAUUAGGAGCAAAAGGAAAUAAUAAGUCAAUAAUAAUAAGAAAGCGUACGAAUAAGACAGGUCAUGGCUUACGUUGAAAUUAUUUUCAUUUUGCAUUUAACAACUAACUAGUCUUUAGUACGAACGAUGGCCUUUUGGGCAGCGGCUAUAGGAAGAACCUCUCCAUCGAAAGUUGUUCCCGUCCUUAACCCAAAUCAAAAGCAAUUUCUCCAAGAUGAGAUACGUUAUCGUGAAAAAAUGAAUAUAUUGGCUCGUACGGACGCUGGCAAUUUGACGGAUUACUAUGUACGCAAACAAGAAACUAUUGAUGACCCGGAAUUACUAGAUAAGCAUGAUUCAUUUUAUCACACCACAAAGUCUCUGUUAGUGUUAUUUCAAAUAAUGGGUGUUAUGCCUAUACAUCGUAGUCCGCCGAAAACGAAUUUACCGCGAACGGGCUAUUCAUGGACUUCAAAGCAAGUAAUGUGGGCCUGUGUGGUAUUUGCCGUACAGACAACUCUUGUGGUGUUGGUAUUGCGGGAAAGAGUUAAUAAAUUCGUUACCAAUUCAGAUAAGCGUUUCGAUGAAGCUAUUUACAACGUGAUUUUCAUAAGUUUGUUGUUUACGAAUUUCCUUUUACCAGUGGCUAGUUGGAGGCAUGGUCCCCAAGUAGCGAUAUUUAAAAACAUGUGGACUAAUUAUCAAUUGAAAUUUCUGAAAGUUACCGGCACGCCUAUAGUUUUCCCUAAUCUUUACCCUUUGACUUGGGGUCUGUGUAUUUUUUCUUGGGUGCUGAGUAUAGUAAUUAAUUUAUCGCAAUAUUUCUUACAACCCGAUUUUGAAUUAUGGUACACCUUGGCUUAUUAUCCAAUUAUAGCCAUGUUAAAUUGUUUCUGCAGCCUGUGGUACAUUAAUUGUAACGCUUUCGGCACCGCCAGUCGCGCCUUAUCAGAUUCUCUCCAAACGACACUAAAGGGUGAUAAACCUGCCCAAAAGUUAACCGAAUAUCGUCAUCUGUGGGUGGAUUUAAGCCAUAUGAUGCAGCAAUUGGGGCGAGCUUAUUCCAAUAUGUAUGGUAUGUAUUGUUUGGUGGUGUUUUUUACCACAAUCGUCGCCACUUAUGGUUCGUUUAGUGAAAUCAUUGACCAUGGCGCCACUUAUAAAGAAGUUGGACUUUUUGUCAUAGUCUUAUAUUGCAUGACUUUGCUAUAUAUCAUCUGCAAUGAAGCCCACUACGCUUCACAAAGUGUGGGAUUAGAUUUUCAAACCAAAUUGCUAAACGUUAAUCUAACCGCAGUAGAUAGUGCUACGCAAAAAGAAGUGGAAAUGUUUUUGGUUGCAAUAGCCAAAAAUCCACCCAUUAUGAAUUUAGAUGGUUAUGCUAACAUUAAUCGGGAAUUGAUAACAUCGAACAUAUCGUUCAUGGCUACGUACCUUGUGGUGUUGUUGCAAUUCAAGAUUACAGAGCAAAGAGCUGUACGAUCUCAACAAACUUUAACUGCCUUGUGA